GGAAAGGGGAAGACACUCACCUUCAGCAAUAUCCGUACUGAGGACAGUGGAGUGUAUUUCUGUCGAGUAGACAACAAGAUUGGUCAACAUGAUUCUCCUGAUGUAACUGUUGAGGUUUUAUCUAUGGGCCAUGACCAGACCAUAUUGAUAGCAGUUCUGGCUGGAGUGGCGGUCUGUGGAGUUGUGGUUUUGCUCUGUGUCAUAUGCAGGUUGAGGCAAAGUAAAAAUGUGGCAACAAACAGUAAUAGGACAUCAGGUGAAGACAAACAGGAUAAUGAUGCUCUGUACUCCAACAUCGACUUCAAGAGGCCUGGGCAGGACAGAGCUGCUGGUCCCAACAGUGUUGAAGCUACAGGAGGAGCAGAGGAUGAUGUUCACUACUCCACCAUCCAGCCCCACGGCCCCACACAGACUGCUGGAGCUCAGGGGGAUAAAGCCCUGUACACCAGUGUCCAGCCCCACGGCCCCACACAGACUGCUGGAGCUCAGGGGGAUAAAGCCCUGUACACCAGUGUCCAGCCCCACGGCCCCACACAGACUGCUGGAGCUCAGGGGGAUAACGCCCUGUACGCCAGUGUCCAGCCCAAACGCUCCAGACAGACUGCAGGAACUCAGGAGGAUGACGAUGUCCAGUAUGCCAGUGUCCAGUUCAAAAAGCCAGGUGGUGUCAAAGGUUCUCUUGACCAGCCAGAGGGGGAGCUAUCUGUAAUCUACAGCAGUGUUCAUAAGAGAGCAUAACAUAAACUAAACAGCCAUUAGCAAACAUGUUAAAGUCAGUAUAGUAAACUUGUGUAGUGCUGAAAGACUAUAUGCCUGCUAUUUGUUUUUAACAUAGAUAUUUUUUUCUUAUUUCCAUGCAUGCAUUAAGUUAGAUAUAUACACUGUAUUCAUCUUUUAAGAUUUUUUAUGUUUCAGUUUUUCGUUUUAAGUUUAUGACUGUUAUGCCUAUUUGUCUUCUAAUCUCAUGCAUGUUUUGUGAAUUCAGUCAAAUAUAUCAUGUCCCUCUUUCUGU